GGUGCUUGGUCGACCGCGCUUCUGGGGGUCGGUUACCUGAUCGGACUCGGUGGUGGCAUCGCGAUGCUUGUCGGUGUCGCCAUUGCCUGGCUCAUUGCUGUCCCGCUCAUCGGCGCACAGACGGGCAUAUUAGCCUCUGAAGGUCAUCUGCUGGAAUUCGCGAGCACCAUCUGGAUGAGCCGCGUCCGCUUCAUCGGCGCCGGAACGAUCGCGGUCGCGUCACUCUGGACGCUCGCACAGCUUGCUCCGGGGGUGAUAGAUGGGCUGAAGACGCUAUGGAAAUCGCGUAACGCCCAAGACACCGCACCUUGUGAGCGCGAUCUGCCUGCCUGGUUUAUCAUUUCGACGGUCAUCGCUGUUGCGAUCACGCUCUUCCUCAGCUUUUAUAGCUUCCUUCCUUCUCACAAUGCGCAGACCGCCCUUUUUACAAUUGCAAGUGUCGCACUCUGCCUGAUCCUGAGUUUCCUGAUUGCCGCGUCCUGCGGCUAUAUGGCCGGGUUGAUCGGCGCUUCGUCCUCGCCCAUUUCAGGGGUGAUGAUCAUCGCCAUUAUAGCGAUCUGCCUCGUUUUUCGAGGUCUUCAUGGUAUCGGAUCAAGGGCUUCGCAGCUUUUCCCGCACGAAGAGGGACUCGACGUCGCGUUUGCCCUCUUUGUUCUAACUGCUUUGACCGCUUCCGCCGCCAUCUCAAACGACAAUCUCCAGGACCUGAAAACCGGUCAACUUGUCAGCGCCACCCCAUGGAAACAGCAAAUCGCACUGAUCAUUGGCUGUGUCGUCGGCGCUGCCAUCACAGCUCCCAUCCUCAACCUUCUGCAUGAGGCUUACGGUUUUGCCGGGGAAGUUUCUGCUCACGGCGGUAAUCUCGUGCUGACGGCGCCGCAAGCCACGCUUAUGCUGUCACUCGCGCGAGGCAUUCUCGGCGGCGAUAUGGAUUGGGCCAUGUUCACCAUCGGCGCCGUCACGGGCGUAAGCUUUAUCUUUUUCGAGCGGUUUCUUCAGACCAAAGGUCUUACCCUGCCGGCUCUGGCUGUCGGAAUGGGUAUCUAUCUGCCAUCCGACGUCUCUGUCACGAUCGCCCUCGGCGGUGCCGUUGCGCACGUUACCCAAAAAUGGAGCCGCCGCCCGGUAUCUGAUCGCACCGAUCAGCCAGGAACACUCGUCGCUUGCGGUUUCAUCGUUGGAGAAAGCCUUAUGGGGAUCGCCAUCGCAGGGAUGCAUGUCGUGAGGCCCGACAUUUUUGACCGCUUUACUCCUCCGUCACCGGAAUUGCGUCAGAUAUCAAGCGCGUUCAUAUUUGCGGCCAUAACGUUCUGGAUUGGUCGUGUGUCGGCAAGAGGCUGGACAAAAAUCUGA